CCGGCCCGAAACGGGCGCAGAUCAGCACAGCUGGAGGGACAAACCGGUCGAUCGCUUUCUUCAUACUGGGAUUUACCUUUUUACUGAUGACUGAGAAUAAGUGCGAUUUUACACACAAGAUGAGGGGGAUCGUGUCCUUUUUCACAGCUUUCAUCAAAGAAAGGAAAAUGGGACUGAACGAUUUAAUUCUGAGGCUGGCAUCCACCCCCCCUAUCAGUCAGAACUCAGACGUUCAUGUGUUCCUGAAGGUUGAUGAGAACCAGAAUGCGGAGACGGAGGAAGAUCUUCCUCCUCUCGGCUCCACUUUCCAGAGGAAUUCUCUCAGGGAGGAAACACAGAUCAAGCCGUCUGACUUCGACUAUCUGAAAAUCAUCGGGAAAGGGAGCUUCGGAAAGGUUCUGCUAGCUAGACAUAAGGAAAGUGCCAAGUACUACGCAGUGAAGGUCCUUCAGAAGAAGAUCGUCUUGAAAAAGAAAGAGCAAAGACACAUCAUGGCGGAACGGAGCGUGUUGCUGAAGAACGUUCAGCACCCAUUCCUGGUGGGCCUGCACUAUUCCUUCCAGACUGCCGACAAGCUCUACUUCGUGCUAGAUUAUGUUAACGGGGGGGAGCUCUUCUACCACCUCCAGCGCGAGCGGGUCUUCCUGGAACCGCGCGCACGCUUCUACGUGGCCGAGAUGGCCAGCGCCCUGGGCUACCUGCACUCGCUGCACAUCGUCUACAGGGACCUGAAGCCGGAGAACAUCCUGCUGGACUCCGAGGGCCACAUCGUGUUGACCGACUUCGGCCUAUGCAAGGAGGGUUUGCCUCCCAACGGGACGACCACCACCUUCUGCGGGACCCCGGAGUAUCUAGCCCCAGAGGUGCUUCAGAAGCAGGCCUAUGACCACACUGUGGACUGGUGGUGUCUGGGCUGUGUCCUCUACGAGAUGCUCUACGGCUUGCCCCCUUUCUACAGUCGCAACAUGGCGGAGAUGUACAACAACAUCCUACACAAGAGCCUAGUGCUGAAACCUAACGUGUCGAAUGCCGGCAGGGAGUUGCUGGAGGGGCUGCUGCAGAAGGAGCGUACGCAGAGGCUGGGGGCCCGCCAGGACUUUAUGGAGCUCAAAGCUCAUCCGUUCUUCUCGCCUAUUAACUGGAACGACCUGUUGGCCAAAAAGGUCAAGCCGCCCUUUGUUCCUGCUGUGAAUGGGCCCACUGACCUGCGACACUUUGACCCUGAGUUCACCCAUUUGCCGGUGCCAGGCUCCCUGGGCAGCACCGAAUGCUUUCUGGCGACCUCUAGUGGCCAGGAGGCCGCCGGCGCAUUCCCCGGCUUCUCCUACGAGCCUCCAUUACAGGAUGUCUUCCCUUGAAGGGAGUGCUUUCCGGUCCUUCUCUUCAUCCACCUCCAUCUUCACUCCCCCACCCCACCCCCCCAUCCAGCCAACGGAGGGAUCGAUGGGGGGUCGAACACGCUGCAGGGAUGGCCGUACUGGAGAGGGUGGGGGUGGUAGGAGUCUGGUGAUGUCAGAGUGUUGGAGCCUCCACCCGCAGAACAGGUCUGUGUGCCCUGAGAGAGCGGGGGCUUUUAAGUGUAAGCGCUCCAUCAUCGGCUGCAUGCCUUUGCCCGGCAGUUUCAUGGAAACUAAGAACCCGGAUGUUUCUGCUAAUGGCAAGGUGUCUAUGUGCCACGGGGACAACACAGCUGUUCGUGAAGGAAGCAAGGGGCAGGAACUGCAGUGAAACUGCUCACAAAUGUUUAAUGAGGACUGGCGAACCUCCCGAGCAGGUGCUUGGAUGUGUUCUCCUUCCUGUAUCUUCCAUGUUGGAGUCUGCGUGUGUCCACGGAGUCUGUCUUCUCUCCAGAUCUUCCAUGCCGGAGAUUGGAUGCGUUCUCUCCAUAUCUUCCAUGCGGAAGGUUUUAUGGAUACUGCCUUUAUUUUAUAAUACUGCAUAGAACGUUUGGUGAAGGACCUGUCGAAUUUUAACCAUAUGCAUUCAGGUCUCAUAAUGAUAACUGUAAUUAUAAGCAAUAGUGUUUUUUUUUUUUUUUUUUGUCGACACAUAAAGGCAGGAGAGACAGAUUGGGACCAGGAGGAUAAAUUGAUGGACGUGAAUUGGAUGUUCUCCACUGCUUUGCGAAUCAGCAGGCCUCAGCCAACGCGUGUUAUUACUUAUCAUGUAGGUUUAAAUUCGCCGUAGUCUACGAGGGCAGACUCUCUCGCGUCUGUCUGCCCUGUUUACAUGCUCCUUACAUUUUGGGCAUACAUUGCAGUGGAGAGCAGCCCUCUAUUAUCCUGGAACAAUUUCCUGUUAUGCAUGAACCUUUCUGGUCAGUCACCAUUGCACUUUUUGGUAUAAAAUGCAAGGAGGCACAGGCUGCUGCAUAAAGCCAAAAUAUGAACUAAUAAGUCCACGCCCAUUAUGCGUGGGAUUGGUCAUUUUAUCCCUUAAGCCCCGCCCCCUUGUCUAAUACCUCCCAUGGUCCUGCUACUGUGUACAGAGGUGCUUUCGCUGGAGAUCCAGCUCAAUGUACUGUUUUCUUGCUUCUGUUUUCUUUUUACUAAUGUUUCUCUUCCCCAGCAAUAUGGUCAUGUGACUGACUGCAGAUACCAAUCACUGUCAGGCACUGCAUUACACCAACACAAGAAUAGCAUACUCGAAUAAAAUUCUAUAUUUUUGUUACUAAUUUGAUUACUCUAGUGAAAGUGGUGGGCGAGGGCAAAUGUGUAUCAAACCCUUUAAUAGCUUUUGUGCAUUAAAACUAUAUUCUAUUUAUAAGUACUUUAUUGCCACGGCUAGUUUGCAAUGUGAACCAUUUCACCUGUAAAUAUGAUAGAAUACUGUAUGAUUGACCUGGGUAUGCCUUUUCUCUGUGCAGCAUGCUUGUAUGGUAUGGUCAGACCAUGUGACUGUAAGUGGGCCUCUUGAUUGGGUGGUGUUUUAUUCUCACAUUAACCAGGCCGAUAGGGUCAAAUCUUCUUGGCCUGUGAUACUGCUGCAGCCGCUGCCUUAGACCAAUUCCAGGGCAGCAUGAGUUGCGGGUUUUUUUAGGAAAGUUCGGUUCGCUGUUGUUACAGUCUUGGGUCUGCCAGGGCAAAUUCUGCAGUUGAAACAGAAGGAGGGCAGUGCUAGAGGGUCUAAUCUCCUCAGCAUCGCUCCCUCUGGACCAAUGGAAGCCCAGGCAAUACAGGGGGAGGAGUCAGUUUCUUCCAUAUUUGGAAGUUAUAACCUUAAGUCAUCUUAUGUCUUCUUGAAUAUUUAUUAUAUAUAUUAUAUAUGUUGCACAACAUAUACGGUACACAGAUUCAUAUGGUACUUUUACAAAGCUGAAACAGCUGCUGCAAGUCAUAAUAAAAAUUUAAUUGAGCUCUGUAAUGAAAUGAAAAUAAAUAUAAAGAACUUC